GCCUCGGGCGCGCGAUCCCUGCCUGCGCGCGACCAGGAGCGCGCCUGCCUACGGAGGAGCAGCGCGGGCGGGAAGGAAAGAAGGAAGGAAGGACAAUCUCCAUCCCCAUUAUCAGAGCCCAGCGGAGCGAGAAGCGUCUGCCCAUGUGGUUUUGCAGCCGGUAGCCUCAGAGUGUGAUGAUGAGCUCCGACCUCCACCUUUGGAACUUUAUGCCCGCAGAGGUUCUGGCCCAUGUAUUCUCCUUCCUUCCUGCAAGAGACAGAUACAACAUCUCCCGCGUGUGUAAGCACUGGGCUGCUGCCGUUUCUGCUAGUUCUGUCUGGAGCUUCACAGAAAUCAACUGUGAGUCAGAGAAAGAAGAGGGCGAGGAUGAGGGAGACACCGCUAGCUUCUUGCUGAAGUUGAUCCAGGUGCAUAUGGGUCACAUCAGGUACUUCAAGAUUGUACUUGACAUUUCCCUGGAGUUAAACCGGAGGCUGGCGUGCACCAUCUUGGACGUGAUGGCCUGGAGCGGCUGCAGGUUGCAAGCUUUUCACAUCGUAUGCUAUGGGAAAAAUCCUUUCUUCUAUUCGGGCCAGGACGUCCUGCAGAGCUUCAGGCGGCUUUUGCAGACUCUGGACAAGAUUCUCCUGCAGCACAUGGAUUUCCGCCAAAUGCCUUUCGUGCUGGACAACCACACCGUGGGGCUGAUGGGCAGCUGCGCUCCGAACCUACGCACCUUGCUGAUCAACAACCACGCACCUGGCUUGCUGAUGCUUCGGCAAGAGAUAAUUGUUGAGGUCCUCAGAGCUUGCCCCAAACUCUGCAUCUUAGGCAUUCCUUACGUUGCCCUCUCCCGGGACCUUUUCCGGGAACUGCUGAAACCCACCCGAGAACCCUUCAAGUUCCUGGACCUUUUCUACAAUGGCUUAGACACUGACAUUCCAGAGGAACUUUGGACAGCGAUGAGAGAGAGACACCCUUCUUUUCGCGUAGGGCUGGAGUUUGCGGCCACGGUCCCCACGAGGAAGAUGAGUCAGAUCUUAAAGCCUUGCCUCCCCGUGGCUGCGUUGCGUUUCAACGGCUUCACCCACAUGGCGGAUCAAGUGCGGCUGGUCGCCAGCCUCUACGGCAGGACUUUAGAGAAAUUGGUCCUCCAUUCGGCCCCUUCGGACAACCUCAACGCCUCGCUGAUCCAGCUGGCGAGGGCGUGUGUGCAUCUGAGAGAGAUCCACUGCUUCUGCCUGGUGGACCAAGGGGUGGUGGUUGCCUUCCGCCGCCACUGCAAAAAUCUGAAUAGAUACACCCUUUCCACCUCGUUGUUCUUCUGUGAUAAUCCACCCACGAUCGUCCAGUGACUGGAUCAAAGCGAAACCUGGCACCACCGUUUAGGGACACACACAAAAAAAGAGUGAAGUAGUCUUAGAGCAGGAGGUGCAGGUAGAACCAACGCCUGGCGGGAGCAGCUGCUGUUUUAGAACGAAGGUAUGAAAUUUGUCUUAAGCGAGCAAGGCAGGGGAACCCUUGUGUGAACGAUUAAACUUUAAAUUCACCCUUUGGUGCAAACCUCUUAUUCAGAUUUGGCGUAAACCCAUAUAUCUGAUUUGGGUACUUUAAAAAAAUUAAUUUUUUUUAGCUGCAGGUUUUAAUAUUUGCCAGUCUUUUAUAGUUAUAGUUGUUUGAACAUCAAUGGUAAUUUCACAGUCACAAAUCACAAUAAAGAUGUGCAUAUAUAAUAAACUGA